CAGAAUAACUGCAAUCACAAAGAGAGAGAACUGAAAGAAACAGAAAAGAAAAAUGGAGAAUAUAUUUGAGCUUUCAGUUCUUUAUAACAAGUUCAAAGAAAUACAUUCCAAAACAGUGGCUGAGGUUUCUUACCGUCUUGAUAAGUACGAUGGGCGGAGGUUUGAGAAAGCAAUGGAGGAUAUUAAGGUGGUACUUCUUGGCGCACCCGAUCAACUUGAACAAACGCCGAUGGGUGGGUGUGGAAUUUUACUCGAAGAGGUCAAGUGCGGAGUGAAAAAUCGAUUGUGCCGAAUGGAAUUGCUUUACAACGAGGUUAAGAUUUGGUUGCAUCAAGGAACUGAUCAAUCAUACUGGAGGAAGCUGGCAAAGGAUUUGAUCCGGGAUUCACAUCUAUUUUCAAAUCUACAGAAUAAUCAAGAGAUAUGUUCAGUUGAAAAGGUCAAUUUAAGACUCAUAUUAGACAAAUAUAUUGAGGGGAUUACAAGUUUAUUGUUGUUGGAGGACUCAAAUCCUUAUUCUGUAUUGGUUGUUCCUAUUGAUUAUGCUCUUGCUCGCGCUAUAUUUCACAAUGAACGCGUUCAAAAGCAUUUCGAUAUCAAAUAUUGGGUGCGUAUUUCUGAACUCAGUAUAGCAAAUAUAGUGUGGCAAGUGGUUGAAGAAGCUCAAUUUGGAGUUGCUUCUUUUGAAUUCCAUGAAUCCAAAAGUUUGAAGUUGCUUCUAUCUGAGUUCGAAAGAGAACUGGGUGACAAAAGAUUGAUGCUAGUAUUAGAUCAAUUGUCAGAGGAGGGUUGUCUGAAAGGGAAUAAUUGGUUUGAUUUGUUAGAGCCAUUGUUGUCUGUUUUCACCAAUUGUAAAACUGGUAGCAAAAUACUUAUCACCUCAAGUGCCAAAUUAGUAGACCAUGACUUCCACCCGAAUAUUCUACAUGCCACAAGUAUCAUGGCUUCCAUCCUUUCUUCUGAACCUACUAAUCUGGAGAAAUUAAAGCAUUUCAAUGAUCUUGCGCUUUCAUGUGUAAAUAACCCUGUACAAUCUUUUCAGUCUGCAGCAGGCUUAAUGGAUCAGCUUGAUGCGGAUGCACAUCCAUUAUUGACCUACUCUUGUUUGUUUCCACUUGGCUAUAAAUUUUGUAAGGUACAACUACAACAACUUUGGGAGGUUCAGGGGUUUCUUGAGUCUGUGCCGUUGAAAAGAAGGUUUGAUAAAUGUUUGGAGAAGCUUUUGGAUACAAAAUACUUCAUUCAAGAGAGCAAAAGAGAUCAGACUGGUGUGAGAAUGUGGUACAAGGCACAAGGUUUAAUGCGUGAGGCGGUGAGGCAUUUGACAAAAGAAGAAUGUUGUUUAGUGGAUAUGGAUACAAAUGAUAAUAUUUAUAUUCAGAUUAUUCAACAUUUGAGCUUCGUUGUUGAGUCUUCCUGGGAAGCUCCCUCAUGGCUAUGUCGUGCUGAACAAUUGAAGACUCUUCUUUUUCUCCCUAGCAAAGCAGGCGAGCUUAUUACUAUUCCUGAAAUCGAAAAAAUCUUGGCAAGUCUCAAGGCACUACAAGCAUUGGAUCUAACUAUUCUGAUGAAUUGUGGAAGCUGUUUGAAGGCAAUAGGAGAGCUGACUCACUUGAGGUACCUUAGUCUUGGUGUCUCUGUUGAAUCUCUUCCAGAGUCUAUCAUUAACUUAAAAUUCUUGCAGACUUUAGACCUUCGAGGCUCUAUGAUUCAAAAUUUACCAAGAAACUUCUAUAAACUGUCCCCUCGUUUGAGACACUUGUAUACAGGAGAUAAAUUGAUUGAUCUGCCACCUAGUUUUCGAGAAUUCAAAAUGCUUCAAACCUUGGAUGUGUUUGUAGUUGGACAGAACGGGUUAGAAACACUAACUCGUUUCUUUCAUCUUACCGGGAAGCUAAAGAUACGGUAUUUGUAUCGCAAGGAGCAUAUAUUAGUAAAGAACCCAACAAAUUUAGAGGGCUCCAAGCUAGAUGGCUUGCUAUUAGAAUGGCCAUCAUCCUCCAAUAGCGAACCAACUAGUUCUGAUCUUGUCCAAAAGAAAGAUGUCAUGGAAUUAGAUCUCUUGCAGCUCCCACUUAACCUCGAAAGCCUAGCAAUUACAGGCUGGAUGGGAGAGACAUUUCCACAAUCUUAUUUGCAAAGUAACCUUGUUUCCAUACAUAUAGCUGAAAACAAUCAAUGCAAACAUCUGCCGUCCUUCAGUAAGCUUGGUUGUUUGAAGUUUCUUGAGCUUUGGGGUCUUAAAUCCUUGAAGUGGAUAGAUACAACUGAAAGUAAUGGUAUAGUUUCAUCUGAAACGCCAUACUUUCCGUCUUUAGAGUACUUGAGUUUGGUUAAUUUGCCACAAUUUGAGCGAUGGUCAAGGGUGGAGGAGAAUGUUGUUGACGACCAACAAUGUGAUCCAUGGUCAGUUCUCCCUCGCCUUUUUGAUCUCCAAGUAAGCGGCUGCCCUGAACUGAUGUAUAUGCCUCAAAUGCCGAGUCUUGAAUCACUGGAGGCAAGUAACAUUCAUGAAACUCUGCUAUAUCAGCUGCUCGGCGUGCAGAGUCUUCGCUCGUUGAAAUUGGCAAACUUCUCAAUAUCUGAACCAUUACCGAGGAGCUUUGGUUGCCUCAUAAAACUGAAGGAGCUCUCUCUUUGUUGGCUUCAUAAAGUGAGAGUGCUCCCAGAGUCGAUUGGGGAGUUAACCCAGCUUCAUCAACUCGUUAUUCGAUAUUUGCCUGAUUUACUAUAUCUCCCUGAAUCACUUAGCCAACUUUCUGCUUUACAACAUGUUGAGAUUCGUUAUUGUCUAAGACUGAAACAACUUCCCCAAACAUUUUCUGAGCUCAAGUCUUUACGUCGACUCGAGAUUAAGGAAUGUGUCAGGCUAGAAAGAAGAUGUCAGCAACCUAAUGGCCAAGAUUGGGCUCUAAUUCAACACAUCCCCAAUAUUUAUCUUGGUUGAUUCUAGUAAAUGGGUGAGUUUUUUUAAUCUAUUAUUAAGGAUGGUUUUAUGUUAAAAUUAGAGUUAAUGUUGUAAUCUUGAAAACCAUUUUUUGUUUACUCUUUUGCAGGUAGGUUUGUCAUCUUCUCUUUAGUAUUUAAGACCCCUUGCAAUAUGGCCUAUGUACUUUUUGAGCUUGUUAAGGAUAGUUAUUUCCUGGAAAAAGAAAAAAGGAUAAAGGCUAUCAGUUAUCCUUUAUCCAUCACAUGAAAAAAUACCAAAAAGAGGGAGGGUGUUAUUAUCAGGUUGUAAGUUAUUCUCUUUUAAAAGGAAUUUAACUUUUUUGGCCACUAUUGUAGUGCAGAUCAAGCCAUCAAGUCAGUCCCUCAAGUAAAGCUAAAUGGAUAAUGAGCCAUGUAUUUUAUGGUGCAAAAGUGGUUAACAUUAGUAUUUUGCAAAAUCCAAACUAUGUAAAACCUAUAAUUGUGAGUUGUGAUCGACUAAGCUUUUUUGGUGAUUGAAACUUAUUGUUUAUGGUGCUUUUCGUUGUAAAAUUA